UCCAUUGUGGGUGUAACAGGUGAUGAUAGUCAAGCCAUGUCUGCGAUCAUUUCUGCGUUGGUGUAGUUUACAGAAAAAGCCUUAUUUUUGUAUUGCCACAUCGCUACCGAUAACUGUGACAACUCUGCAGCCAGUACACUUGUUUACAGAUUUAUUUUCGCCCAUAACUUCGAAGAUAAAAUGGAGAAGGACUCCACCGGUGCUGCAGCAGAGACCGAGCCGGCUUCGCCUUCGAGGAAAAAUAUUAAUGAAGACACCUGCGCAGCUGAUUCCCACACCUCCCGGGCUGGGACUUGUGGUGCUACUGAUGUCGCCCGAGCCAGGUGGACUCUACUAAGACAGGUGUUGCGUCAGAAGCAGGUGGACAGUCCAGAGGUCAAACAGGCGUCCGUUCGCAGGUUCGCCACGUUUGACCUUUUCAGCAGGAUGAGGCUUGUGACACAAGACUCUAGUGAUACCUCAGAUGACCAGUGGGUGGAGUACAGAAGUGUCUACUUUCCAGAGUACAGUGCCUUACUCAGGGAUAGCCUGGGGCCUCUUAGAGUUAAUGAAGUGCUCAACAGUUUUGACAACACUGGUAAUGUUUGUGUGUGGCCAUCUGAAGAGGUGAUGGCUCAUUACUGUCUGCAGAGACGUCACAUGUUCAAAGGUGCAGUGUGUGAGUUAGGAGGAGGUAUGACUUGUCUUGCUGGGCUCAUGGUUGCCAUUUGUGCUGACGUGAAGGAAGUUCUGCUAUCAGAUGGGAACGAGAAGUCCAUUCAGAAUGUACGAGGGCUGGCUGAGAGAAACAGGCAAGCUGGAAAGUUUGGGUCAACCCAUGUAUCUGCCAGGGUGGUGAGAUGGGAUUGUGAGUCGGACAUUUCAGCACUAGAGGAUCACUUUGACAUCGUCAUGUGUGCAGACUGUUUGUUUCUCGACCAGUACAGAGCCAGCCUGGUUGAUGCUAUAAGGAGAUUACUGCAACCCAACGGCAUGGCGUUGGUGUUCGCUCCACUGCGAGGUGAAACUCAGAGACUGUUUUGUCAACUGGCCCAGCAGGCCGGACUCUGCGUCUCUCAACACCAGCAGUAUGACGCUCAGGUCUGGGAUGUUCAUUUAAAGAUGCAGAGAGAGGGAAAAGAAGCGUAUGAUGAGAACAUCCACUAUCCUCUCCUCAUCACCCUGACCAAAAGACCUCAACCUGUCAGCCACUCUCAAUAAACCAAAACAAGUGAGCCCUCAUCUCUACACAGUACCACUCCACACGCUUUUGGAUAUUUGAGAUAGAAUGAUGCUACAGAGUCGUGUCAACGAUGUGAUCCAUGUCUGAUCUAAGUGAGGAGGAAGAAUUGCACUGAAAGAGCAGCAUUACAAUACAGAAAGGUUGUGUUGUGUCAGUGUUUAGUCAAAUUGAGAAAGAGAGAAAAUCAAUUUGUGGUCAUAUUUGAGACAUUUUUGUAUUUACAUUGGCCACUGAGAGUUUUUAUCACCACAUGGUGCAAAGUUUUGAACUGUAUUUGAGUGCGCAUGUUUUGUAGUUUGGAGUGCUGCUGAGGAACAACCUAAUUUCCAAAGCAGUUGGGAUACAUUUAGUGUAGCUGAGGAGUAAGAAUAAGAGAGGUGGAUACACUGUAUUCUGACCUUGUACAUUUUAACCAUCUGCCAUAUGCUAAAAAACUCUAAAAUAGUAAUUCAGUCAGUCAGCCCUUUAAUCAGUUGGCCUAUCAUUCUGGUAGCUGACAAGACAGCUGAUCACUGCUCUAGUCAGUUACUCACUCAUCCAUCUGGUUAAUCAGCCAUACAGGAAAGUGAACCACAUCCUCCACAUUGUCAGUCAGUAUACCAGCCAUCAUCCCAGCCAACAAGCCAGUCAGUGUUUUAGUCAGUCAACUAGCUGUUCAUUCAGUCAGUGGCAGGGACAUUUCCUGCUGUAGGUGUCAGUUAUUCAGUCAGAUGUCCCUCUUUAACCAGUUGUUAUUAACCUAUGCCACUGUGUCUGUGGCCCCAGCACGGAGGCCAGCUCUAAUUCACUAACUGCCACAGACUGUGGAGCAGCUCAUAGUUUCCUCUGUUUCAUUUAAUUCUCUUUGUUCCCUCCUUCUUGCACUUUAAUUUCUUCUAAUACAACUCAUUCGCCCAGUGAGAGGUCAGUAAUAAGAACUUCUUUUGUGUAUUAAUUAUAGCAGUGCAUUAAACCAGAGACCAAGGAGAAAUUGUUGCUCCCCAGGAGUUACAGCUUGCAUGGUAAACAGCAACCAUUGCUAUGGAUCCACACUACUUCACAUUUCAAUUUAAUUUUACACAGCUCUGUUGUUGUUAGAAUCUCUGUUUGAACUGUACAACAGACACAUCACCUCCAACUCUUGCUCCAUGCAUAGUUUGUUAAAAAGUUUGCUACAUGCUGCUAAAGUCCACCUUCAGGUAGUUUAAGUGUGUCUAAACAGAGACUGAGAGAGAAUACUUGCACCUUAGUUGUUAUGACUCCUGCUACUCACAUUUAUUGACAAGUGACCCCAAUACUGUGGAAUAGAUUAAAAAACUGUAUGACAUGCUGUAAGAGCAAGAUUUCUUUGCAUCUUUUCUGUUUCUUCUUACCCCUGAUGUCCACUUUCUCUGUACCUGAAGCAUCUUCAUGUGUGCCAGGUCUAUUUUUGGAGCUACAUAUAUUGACAAUUGACAGGAAAAUUAAUAUUUAAUGGUGUGUUUAGUCACAACAUAUCUACCACAAUGAUAAUAAAUGAGGUGCAAACGUGUUUUCUGGAUGAAUGUAAAAUACAAAAUGUUUGCAAAACAACUAGAAACAAUAUUUGAAAUCUGCUGAAGAACAAACACCUCUUGAACAAGAACACAAUGCAGCCACACCCAGUGGACAUCUGGGCAUAGUUCAUCAAAUUGAUGAACUAUGUAGCUACCAUAGUUCUUAAAAGUCCUACAAUGUCAAGAGCAAAAACUUUUACAUAAUUUGGGCCAGUUGCUCCUCAAUUUUCUUUAUGAGUUUUUUCUAUCAAAACAGUUUUACUCAGGUCUUUUCCCUCGCAUUCAGCUGUUUUCUUUUCUCUUGUGGUAUUUAAAAAAAAAGCCAAGUGUCAGUGGGUCACUCAAGCCUAAAGUUGUACCCAUGCAACAGAAGGGUGUUUCCAUAUUUCACUGUGAUCCAUUGCUGUAUACAACAGCCAAGAAGCUAUGCAGUAUUUCCCAGUGGCUGCUGUUUACAUUCCUCAUGUUAAAAAAAUGAAAAAAUAAAAAUAAAAAAUAAUCCACCUUCAGAAAUAAAAAGUAUUUCCUUUGUGUAACUACUCCGAAAAGAAAAUUAAGCCAGUUUUAUCAGCGGUCUCAAUGCUUUGAGGGCUUAAAUUGCAUUGCAAAGGUUUAGAAGUGUAUUUAAUUACAUUUUUAUCUGUAAUGCAGUUUGCUGUAUACCUUUGAUAUCUGUGGGCUAACAUACUGUAUAAAUACCAUCCCAACCUGUGACGGUGAGCAGUGGCUUCGUUACUGUCUGGUGUGACAUCACUACCGCUAACAGUGAUGUCACUUGACAACACUUGUACACCACUGUUUACUGUGACAUCUGUGCUCCUUUGCUGCUUCUUGAAACAUCACUGCCUCUGUUAGCGGCAAAAUCUUCACCUGGUGCACCCACGAGCUGUUGUGAUGUCCCAUUACUUUUUCGUGAUAUUAGUGCUGUAUGCUAGGACACUUCUCACUGUGACAUCAGCAGAAAAAACAAGAAGCCACUGAUAGUGUUAUUCAGAGACAAUUAUGUGUUCCUUAUUUGGAUUUGCUAAUAUCAAUAACAGACAUAGAAAAGAGGAGGAUCAUUGUUGCAUUACCUUGGGCAAAAUUCAUAAAUUAAUGCUUUAGUUCAACAGAUGUAUGACACUUCAUUGUGGGAUUGAAUUAUCAAAUAGAGCUCAUUACAUUUUUGUCAUUUGCAGGCCAUGUCCACACUAAUCCAGAUCGAUUUCAAAUUGGACCAGUUAUAGCCUUCCUUCCUCACUGAUCUCUUUUUUCUCUGCCACAAAAGAAAAUCCUCAAGUCUGGAUAAAGUUGAAGCUGCUUCUGUAGCAUUUUGCUGUGUGGGGACACCAGAUAUUUUCAAAAAUACUGAUUUGCGGUUAGCAUGUGAUCUGGCGUGAAGCUGCUGGCUUGCGCGCGGUCUGUUUUAUAUUGUAUUAGGGGAGGCAUGAUAGAAGAAACAGAAUGAAUAGUUGCUUCAAUGAAAUAUUUCAGUUUAUAUACUUAAGUGUGGACAUGGCCUCAUGUACUGAGUUUAGUCUGUCAAAAAUAAAAAAUCAGUAGAUUGAAUGUUGUUCUUUGCAGUCCAAGGGUGGGUGAUUUUUGUGAAUGAAUAAAAAUAAAUAAAUUUUCCUC